AUGACCACCACUAGAUUGCUCUUGCGUCGUAAUUCAAGACCAUUGGAUCUCUCUCCUUCUGCGCCGACGUGUUACCUGUCUCGUACAAGAAUCUUGAAAUGCUCGUUGAGGCUAGGAUCGGACGGCAAGAACCAGAACCAGAACCAGCAGAACCAGAGGUCUACCUUAAAAGAUAAAGAGAGAAAGUUGCCGGUGGAGGUGAAAGCUUAUGCACCUAGUAGUUCAGAGAUUUUGAUCACAAGUACGACACAGGUAAAACGAGGAUCGAUGGAUUUGGCUUUUCUUGUCACACGAGUAACGGAUAUUGUUCUUACGGAUUUAAGGCAAGCCAUCAAAAGACGGACAUGGAAACUGCAGAUGCAGCGAAAUAUAGAAAAGGUGAUAACUGACUGCAGAUUCUUCACCCUAUUCGCCGUUGUUGGAACUUUAUUGGGUUCGGUACUGUGUUUCUUAGAGGGUUGCUCUCGUGUUAUAGAAUGUUAUACACAUUGGCUUAUCGGACUAUCACAUGGAGCUAAAGGAAACACGAUUCAUAUUUUAAUCGAAGCCUUAGAUAUGUUCUUGUUCGGCACAUCCAUGCUAGUUUUGGGGAAGUCUAUUUACAACAUGUUUGUGAGCUACAAAACCAACAAAAACAAUCACUCCAUUGGUGAAGUAAAGACUAGAAUAGGGUAUGCAGUGGUAAUGAUACUUCACGUUGGGAUGGUGGAGAAGUUCACGACGACGCCACUGGUGACGUCUAUGGACCUUGCAUGUUUUGCUGCAUCACUCUUCAUUUCUUCGGCUUCGAUGUUCGUCUUCUCGAGAUUGUCUUCUUCUUUUAAGUAG